CCCAACCUCAGGAGUCACAAACGGAGCCAGUACCUCUCUCUCUCUCUCUCUCUCUCUCUCUCUCUCUCUCUCUCUCUAUUUUAACAUCCUCGCCUCAAUCAUCACUCCCUACAGAUUUCAAUCGACGCACCUGUACACUUAUCUUGAUUUAGAAAAGGAGAGAGAAUGGCGACGUUUGAGCUGUACCGUAGGUCCACCAUAGGCAUGUGCUUGACCGAAACACUGGACGAGAUGGUCUCGAACGGGACCCUCAGUCCCGAGAUCGCCAUCCAAGUCCUCGUUCAGUUCGAUAAGUCGAUGACUGAAGCUUUGGAGACCCAAGUUAAGAGCAAGGUGUCCAUUAAGGGGCAUCUGCACACCUACAGAUUCUGCGACAACGUUUGGACCUUCAUCUUAACAGACGCAGUGUUUAAGAGCGAGGACAACCAAGAGAACGUCGGCCGAGUUAAGAUUGUGGCAUGCGACUCAAAACUGCUCACACAAUGAGAUUCUUCGUGCAGUGAAAAGAGAGUCCCUAAAGGAUUCAGUUUUCAUCUGUCGUUGCAAAAGGGGAUGGAUGUUUAAAGAGAGAAAAACUGGGGUUUGGUAUAAUCAAAGCUGCAGUUUCAGGCAGUUGAAAUAAGAGUGAACCCAAUCUGUAGAAACCAUCAAAACCUUUUGACCAACUUUUAUAACAUACUGGAGAUAUUACUUGAUCAUUUAACAAGCAUUAUUGUAUGAUUUUGUGUGA